AUCUGGAUGUGGUUGCCAAAUGCCAGUUAAACUACACUCCUCAAUAUAGAUAAAAAUAUGUUGGGUGACUAUUGACUAUUAUUCUAUCUUCUAUUCUAGAAUUAAAGUCUUGAUGCCCGUUAAAGAAAUAUAUUAAUUUAAUCCGUAUUAAUAUGUCAACGACUUCUAAAAUAGUAUUUGGACUAUCUUGUUUCGCAUCGGCAGGUAUCAUUGGAUUUGUACAUUACCAACAACAAGACGAUUUAAUUAAGUUGCACGAAGGUGUUGUAAAAGACAUUGAACGUCAAGAAAAUAGACGCCGAGAGUUGGGAAUAAACACCGAUAUUGUGGUAGCCAGUAAUCUUGAAAAUGGGAAAAAAAUCGCAUAAAAAGGAACACAAAAAAAAAAAA